AUCCAUCCAUCCAUCCAUCCAUCCAUCUCCAUUUCCCGCUCGGUGUUUUUUCCUAUUUCCCCCUUCCUCGCACGACCUCCCACCUCCGCCCAUCCUCACCCUUUCUCUUCUCUCUUUCUCACCAAAACACCCACCGACUUUUGCACUGCAAUUGACAAAAUCCAUCACAACCAUUCUCUUUUGUCGGGUUGCGCAUUUCAAAAGUCGAUUCUUUAUUUUCGCAAAUCCCGCCGCAUCGAAGCGUCCAGCGCGAUUGCCCGUUUCCCCCAUCCGCUCGUCCAUAACUGGGCAUUUUUUGACUACCUUGUCACCAGGUUCUGGCAGGUGGUGCAGCAUCUCUUGCGAGUUGAGGAUAUUCCCAACCGGCAAAUCCCCACUUUUUCGCAACACAGGCCGGCGAGUUACCUAGCAAGCGGCACCAGCAAGUCUGCCAAGAAGCAGCCCGGUCACGUUACCACGGCUUGGAGCUAACUGGUACAGUAGAGGUACUGAAGUCGCCGCCCAGUUCAGCCAAGUGCUGGUGCAUCAGUGCAUCCCGCCCGCCGCCCGCCGCCCGCCCCAAAUAAGGGAAACCCCAAAAAGUAUCCAUUGGCUGUUCCCGGCAGGCCCACUGCGCGAACCGAUUGGCGGCUGUCAGCUAAUAAUACGCCCACCCACACCUCUCCCCCGGAGCCGGACACCACAUCACAGCAGGGCCAGCCAAGUGUACCUCUACUGCGUAGCAACCUACCUAAGCCAGGGCACUUUCGUUGAGGAACCCACCGAACACCGAAGCCAGGCCGGCCCAGAUUGUCAGCUCCCGUCACACACCAGGGCACUUCCUAUCAUUACCUUACCUACCUAUCGGCACUUGGCUACCUAGCGUCCAUCUGUACCACGGCGCGAGCAUCAAUCAUAUCGAUCCAUUGCAUUUACCAUACACACACACACACACAGUUCCGACCAUCUACCCAAGAGACAGACAGACACGACGCGACACGAGACACACUGAGUGUGAGGACUGGACCGCGUACCCGGUAUCGUCUACAUUAGCAGAGCAGGACAGGACAGGACCGGUACCUGUUCCCCCGUCGGUACAGCCACCACGGCCACGGCCACAAAACCAACCCCAACUAUCCGGUACCUCUUCACUGUCCCAUACAAUCGAAUCGCGCAAGAACCGCCGCCAUGGAUGAGAUAGUUGUUGAUCCCGGUUCUAGCGCUGCCCAGUUCAGCAUCAUGCAGUCCCAACAACCACCCCAGCACGGUCCCGAGGUCCGCCUGACCGCUGCCGGGGUGCCCCGCAAGAAGCCCGGCCGCAAACCGAAACCCAAAGAUCCCGCCGAUGAGAACUCGACCGCCACCGAGCAACAGCCCAAGCCGCGCCGCCCGCGCAAGCCCAGAGACCCCAAUGCCCCCCCGAUCGUGAGAAAGAGGAAAGCCGCCGCGACCGACGACGCCCCCGAUGCCGCCGACGACCAUGACACUUCGAUGGAGAUGCCCGAUCAAUAUCAUGGUAUCGCCCAAAGGUCAAAGGGGUCAUUGGUGCCCCUACAUCUACUUCCCCGCGAUCAACGGCCGCCAAAGAUACCCAAGCGCGAGACCCAUCCCGUGUCCAUGAGCCAUCUGCUCAACGAAGAGGACCCACCGCCCCAGCCCCAGCCUACCGCUUCCAGGCAAGUCUUUGAUCCUAUAAGAGGCAGCUACGAUCCAGUCCGAGAAACCAUGAUGUCCAGAGACGUUUUCGGCACCGGCUCCAUCAUGGGUUCUCCGCGCGCCCCCACCUCACAGCCUGUCAACCGAGCCAGCGCCUCGCCAUCGAUUGCGAGCUUGGUCGAUCCUCCUGCUCCCCCCAACAUCAUGUCGCCUGUCCCGUCACACCAAACGCCUUACAAUACCGCUGCCACAAAAUCGCGACUCCAAGAGUCAACAUCUGCCACUCCUCCCUCUUCCAACCCUGUGCGCUCCACGCCACAACAGAUCGCCAAGCCGCAAAUUAUCGAAGUCAGGCGUGCCCCUCCGCCGCCUCCCGCACCAGCGGCGGCCUCCCAGAGAAAACCAUCGCCUCCCAAGAACUCGUUUACUAGUAUGUCCACAGUUCCGCCGACAUCUUCGGCAGCAGCCGCUACCAAUGCAGCAACAGCGGCUCCAUCAACGACAGCUCCUCCUACCAACAACAAGAAACUCACAGCUCUUGUGCAACAAGAACGCGAAAGCACCCAUUCCCGCGGAAACAAGACCGGGAGCAACCACUCCUCAGAAGCUGUCAAACCCAGUGGCGGCAGCAACAGCCUUAAAGAUGCCCUCCUCCCCCCCUUACCCUCGGUCGGUGGUCACGGCACCGAGCGGUCCAUCCUCGAUUUUGGCAAGGUCAACCCCGGUCAGGAAAUCGAAGCACCUUCAAUCAAGAUCCACAUUCCUCUGAAUGGUGAAACAAACAAAUACGUCAACUUCAUGCGCAUGGCCGAGGAGCAAUACGGUUGGGAUGCUCUACACCCUCGACAAGCAGCCAACCGGGAGCGCAAAGCGCGCAUCGCAGCCGCUACUGCCGCACUGGAAAAGUCCGUGGGCACCAGUGGGCGGGAGUCAGGAGAGGAAAUGGACGAGGAUAUCCAAUCCGACGCGGAAAACAGCAACAUUGAGAUGGGCGGCAUGGGCGGUCUCAACCCCACUACAAAUGGCGUCGCCUCGGGCCCAGAGGCGCCAGCAAAACCGGCGAGAAAGAAGAGGAACUUCAAGGAGGACGAAUACGAUAUUGAUGAUGACUUUGUCGACGACUCGGAGAUGCUCUGGGAGGCGCAAGCGGCUGCUUCCAGGGAUGGAUUCUUUGUGUACUCUGGCCCGCUGAUUCCCGAGGUUCCCAAGCCCGAAGUGGCACCCCCGGCUCGUCGCGGACGCGGUGGAGGAAGAGGCAGCAGAGGCGGACGAGGUGGGACAACACGCGGUGGUGCUAAUGCAGCAGGACAUGGGGCGGACACCGCAGCGUCGGAGAAACCAAGUGGACGAGGACGAGGCGGUGGUCCAGGGAGUCGAGGUGGUCGCGGCGGUGGAGAUGGAACGAGGAAGCCGAGAAUCACGAAACUGGAGAAGGAGCAGAGGGAUAAGGAGAAGGCGGAGAGGGAACGGCUGGCGCAGAUCACGGCGGCGGCCAAGGCAAGUGUGGCAGCCGGUGGAGGACCUUAUAUGCUGGGAUUGACUCCGCCUGCUGCGGCUGGAGGACCAACAGCGAUGAUGAUUGAUUAGAAAUUUCGGCGAACUAAAAGUGGAAGAGCCUGAGACUAUUGUUAGUGGGUGCGGACUACUGUUGAUGUACAACAUGGGAAAAAGAGAGGAGAAAGGAGAGAGGAGGGAAAAGGCCAACGGCAUUGCGUUUUCAUUUUUAUCUGUCUGUUGUUGUUUCUGGCGUUCUAUCUAUACACACACUCACACAAAUAAUGGUUACGAAUGGAGUAUAAGCUGGCUGGAGCAUUGGGUGCCGGUGGGCUGGCUGGCUGUGCGUUUUUAUCUGAUUGUUUUUUUCCUGUGUUGUUUUCUUGUCCCCUUUUCUUUCUCUAUCGGUAUUCCCAUCGGUACUCAUCAAUCAUCUCUAUCUCUACCCAUGUGCGCGCGUUAUUGUUAGUUCGAACGAACAUUGUGAGCCUUUCCGAUGAAUGGAUGGAUGGAUGGAAGAUGCCCGGUGUCGGUAUAUCAUCAAGUGUAACAAACCAGCCAGGCACAACAUAGACAGACAGACAGACAGCGGACGGACGGACGAAGGGAGGGAAAGUCAUCAUGGAAAGAGAGAGAAAGAGAAAGAAGCACGCAAUAAAAGAGACAGUUAACUCAAUAUUACUCGCAUCG